GCAGCAUGUCACCACAUCUUUCUUUACAUGCUGUAACUUGUGUGUUUGUUGUUUAUCUUCUCUUCUCAUACCAGACUCAAUGUUACUGUCUUCCACAAUGCAACACCACACUGCACCGCUGUGCAAGACAAAUGUGUGUGUGAGAACUUGGGAGGGAAGGAGAGGAUGAACGCCAGCCCAGUCAUCCCUCUUAAAAAUGGCGUCUUGUGAACAAAAUGAGCGAAAAUAGCUUUAGUGUGCAGUGAGUGAGCGGGAGGAGAGGACAGAAGGACAGGAGGAGAGCAGAGGAGGUGCACGGAUCCCUGUGAACACAGCUGCGUUUAUUAAAGCUGCUGAAGAUCGUAGAGCAUCUGUUCUACUGCCCAUCAGAUUAACACAGGAGACAAUAGACAGUGAAAUAUAUGGGGAGAGGAGGGAGGAGGUGCUCCUGGUUGCUGUGACCACCCUCCCCUCCUGCUUCUCCUCCCUCCAUUCCUCCCAGUCUACAGGCUCGUCAAGCGGAGAAAUAAACAGAAGCGAGCGGAGAGACGAGAAGACAUUCCUCCGUCCCCUCCCCCUCGCUAUCUGCCCAUCUUCAUCCAGCCCUUUCUUUCAUGGAGAGGAAUUACCCCGCUGCAGGAUUCGGAGACCUAGGGGCUGGGACGGGAUGGAGUUACGACAGAUCGGCCAAAGCAAGCCUUGUGUAUGGGAGCUCCAGGUCAUCCCACCCGGACUCAGAAUUGCUCCACCGGCAAGCCUAUGGCACCCCACACCCCCUCCAGGGCUAUGCAACCAACCACCACCCAGGAAGUUCCAGACAGGGCGGGGCCUGGGGUGCUGCUGGACGCACACUAGGACUAUCUGGGCUUUUUGAUGCCGGCCUCCACCAUGCUAGCCCCUCAGGACCUGACCCCUCCGUCAUGAAUCUGAUUUCAGCUCUGGAGUCCCGGGGUCCACAGCCCUCACCCUCGGCUUCCUCCCUUCUCUCUCAGUUUCGCACUCCCUCUUGGCAGACUGCAAUGCAUAACCCGGCACCAGCUGAGCUUUUUAUCUCUAGGACACUUCCGGGUUCUGGCUCCUUCCCCUCAACCUCAGCCCUUUCUGCAUACCAGCAUCCUGGCUCCUUCUCUGGACGAUCUUUCACUCCCUCACUAUCUCUGCAGGACACACCUACAUUUAGCCCAACCUCCAGUGGUUUGCUAUCCCCUCACGAUCCCCUGCUGCAUAUCAAAACACCCUCCCAGUCCAGCUUGGGCUUUGAUCGCUUGCUGUCCUCCCAGGGUGCCACCUACCGGAGCACCCAGGAGGCCCCGGCCCCUCCUCAGACUCAAGCCUCUUCCACCUCUUCCAGUUGCCACCUACCCCCUCCUCAGUUCAAUCUGUUGUCCUCUCAGCUCCAUAACCAGUCCUCCCAGCUAUAUAAUGCUUCCAUGUUCUCUUCCACACCAGCCCUGACACCCACAGCACCCCCUUCGUCCCAGCCUCCUUCAGAGAGGGCAGUUUCCCGACAGGAUAGUGUGAUUAAGCAUUACCAACGCUCAUCACCAGCCCAGUCCACAACACUCCCCUUACAGCAAUAUGUCAGUUGUGGUGGAUCAUCAGGCUACCAGCAGAUAGCCAGCCAUCACCGGCAUGAUGGAAUGUCCUGCAGUCCCCUGGGCGAGCAGAGCCCAUCCUCUGACCCCAAGCCCUCACCACGCAUAGAAUCUAAGACGUAUCGACCUAACAUCCAAACUCCCUACACAUCCUCAUCCUCCAGCUCCUCUGCUUCGUCCUCAUCAGGCACUAAGGGAGCCAAGAGUUCCAGCUCCAGUAGUGGAUAUUCCUCUUCAGGCUCAGCAUCAUCCUCUUCCCGUACCCCACAAACUCCACCAUCAGCCUCCUCUGCUUCCUCUUCAUCCUCUUCUAGCUCCAAGACGAGCACUGGAUCCUUGUCUGCUCCCUCUCACCAGCACCCCCCCCCUCAGUCAGCACCGGCACCACCUCCUCUACCAGUGGUGUCAUCCACCCUUAUUCAACAGCCAGCACCCAAACAAUGCCUCUCUGCCUAUGGCUCUUCAUCUGUGGCUAAAUCUAGCACAGGCCUACCAGACCAGACCCCUCCCCAGCAACAUGCCCAGUCCUGCUCUCCCAACCACCCUACACCUACACACAUGGCCCAGUCUUAUGCGGGUUUCAACUCGCCCCAUGCCCAGGACCUGAGCUCUGGCACAGGGGGCACUGGAGGGAAGACUUUCACUGGUAUAGGCUCAGGGGGACGCUCAUUUUCUGCAGAGAUAGUCUUUGGAGACUCAAGCUUUGGCUCAUCUUCUCUCAGAAGAUCAGGCAGUCCUUCCUUAGGGUAUGGAGGUGCUGGAGGAUCAACAGGAAGUGGACCCAUGUCAGGAGCUCUUGCACUUGGCAGUGUAGUUGGAUCUGCAGGAUCAGUGAGUGCUGCUGCUGCUGCUGCUGUUGUUGGUAAUGGUGGCAACUCUUACCACCUGCCUGAGUCUAGUCCAUCACCCACCAUCCAUUCUAAUAUCAGUCGCCCUGGUUUGCAUUCCCCUGCUUCUGCUCGCCCUGCACAGUCCCCUGGAGGCUCAGGGGCCACCAAAUACUUGUCCUCCAUCCUCUCUCCUGCGUUUAUAUCCUCACCACAAGGUUUCCCUGAUACACAACCACAGGCCCAGUCCUUUCAUUCAACACCACCCAAGCCGAAAACAGAGACCAACAUUCUGGGAGUUGAGCGAACCCAAGAUGAGGCAGAGGAAGAUGAUGAUUUCCUCAUCCAUCACCUACUACAUGCCCAAAGCUCAACUCCCCAUCCAUCCCAGCAUCACCCACCUCAGCAACUACCUCAACCACUCCCACAGACUAGGGAUGCGGAAGGCAAGGGGGUGACCUAUGAAAUUAACAAGAUCUCAGAAGAACGCUACCACCUUCAAAGUGUCAUUCGUACCAAUAGCACCACCAGCAGUUCAGGUCCUGGUACAAUUAGUGACACAGCAAGUGGCUUAAACCUUCAGUUGGAAAUAUCACAGAAGAAACAGCAGCAGACCAAGUCGGAGUUGACCAUAUCAAAGUCCACGGCUGGAGGGGUAGGAGUGGUCACUGACUCUUUUUCCCUCUCCCAUACUACCCAUUCCCAUCAACAACAGCAUGAUUCCUUGGGUUCUGUGGUCCAUUAUGGAAGAGGGGACCCCUACACCCAGCACCCUCACUCUCAACAUUCUCAUCAUACCCCACAUGUGUCUUCACACACUCAGCAACACUCUCAGCACUCCCAAAUCUCACAGCACUCUCGGCACACUCAACACACACAACACUCUCAACAUUCUCAGCAUAGCCACCCCCAUUCCCACUCACACAGUCACCCUCACAUGGAGUUGAAGAAGCCUUCAGAUGCAAAUGAUAAUGCCUAUCUACAAGAUAUGCAGCAGGCUAGACAAAACCAGGUCCCCCUUUCUCUGAUGGAUUCUUCACCAGACCCUCCCCAGCAAACUCACAUGCUGCAAUCUGUUCUUUCCCACACCACCCGCACCAAGAUGGACCCAGAGCAAGCCCCUUCCCAACAACAGCAGCAACAGCAGCAGCAUCCUUUGAGCCAGCAGGCCAUGAUCAGUUCAGCUGGAGGAACAGGGCCUGCUGGGGUGGACGCCCACCCACAGAAUCAGUCCUCACAGUUGCAACUCCAGCUCCAAACCCAGGGUAUAGAUACCCACUACAACCUUGGAGGUCAACCAAGAGAUCAAACACAAGCAAGUCAGAGCUCAGUAUCUCCACUAGAUAUGCUAGAACAAUCUCUUUCCCGGACAAACAGUAGAGACAGCAGAGGAGCUCUGGACAGAACUGGGGUUGGGGUAACUGUUACAGGAGGGGAGGGAGGAGGUGCAGACAGACAUAGACAGCAGCACAGACUUACACCCCACCACCAUUCCCAACAGACAGCCUCAGAUAUCCAUGACUUUCUUUCUGAACCAGAUUUGGGCUUGUCCACCCCCUCACACCUGCACCACCUCAGCCAGCCUCAAGCUCAUGCCCACCCCAAUGCCCAACACCAACAGCAAGCGCACACUCACCAUCAGUUGUCACAUUCUCAGUUAGCUCACCCACACUCCCACCGGAUGGCAACAAAUAUGGGAACUCACCAGCACCGGCAAAAGCCCCAACAAAGAGAACCUGAAACCCAGCUGUCACACCCCCAGUUAGACCAGCUCAAACAGCACCAAUUUGACACAGUGACCCCAGUGGGUAAAGUCAGACAAAAUCCAGCUCAGCAGCCCCAGCGGUUUGCACCUCUAACAUCAAUCUGCUUUCCAGAUUCUCUCUUACAUGAUGAAGACCGGUCUUUCUUUCCUGAGAUGGAGGACAUGUUUUGUUCAGCUGAUUAUAAAUCAAGCUGUGCUGGGGAUUCUGGGGCAGGACAGGCUGCUCAAGAAAGCAUAACCCAGGGUCAUGGGCAAGAGGGUAUGGAGGCCUUAAAAUCAGGAGGAGCUGGAGAGGGGUAUGAUAUGGUUGGUCACCACAGUGAUCAAAGCUAUGGACAGUACUGCCACAGCCUUCCAGGACCAGGAAAUGGCAACCUGCACUUAGACCUCGACUCUAUGAAGACACAUGAGCUCCCUUCCACUGUGAAUACAGAUCAGCUUGGCCUCAUCCAGUCCCAAACUCCCACUAUGGGAUUGAGCUCAGCAGUUCAAGGUGAUGGCUCAGUCAACAAGAUAAUUGGAGCUGUUGGAGUGGGUGGAAGUUCGAACACUACUGGUCUGACCUCACCUAUCUUUUGUUCCUCUCGUCCCAAAAAACUGCUAAAGACCAGCUCAUUUCACUUGCUUAAACAGCGGCGCGAGCUUCAACCUCAAACAAAGAAAAACUAUGCGCAGGAGUAUGAAUUUGAGGAUGAUGAGGAUAAAGCUGAUGGUCCAGCUGAUAUUCGCCUCAAUAGUCGACGACUACCUGAUCUGCUCCCAGACUUGGUGUCUAGUUGUAGGAAGGCUGGUGGGGUAUCAGGAGUAAGUGGGCUCAGUCCAGUAAUUGGUGACAUAGACUUUUGCCACCCCUCCAACUACUCUUCCCUUGGACACCCUACACAACCAACCCAUCAUGAUGGCCCUAAGAAAAGAGGCAGGAAACCAACUAAACCUAAACGUGAAGGUCCACCUCGCCCACGAGGUAGACCACGCAUACGUCCUCUUCCAGAGCCUCCUUACUGCAGGGGGCUGAUGGGAUUAGUGCCUGGAGAAAGUAGGAGGGGUCGUGGACGAGGUCGGGGGCGAGGCAGAAGGGAGGAAGGGCUUGUGGAAAUGCAUCAAGAUAUCACCAAAGCACAAAGCCUUUCAUAUCACCAUCAGCACCAACAGCAGCAUCAACAGCAACAGUUCAGCCAACAGCAGCAUCUCCAACAGCAUUCUCACCAACAUAACAGACAGGCAGACCACCACCAGGCACCACAACAACAGCAUCACCUGCAUCAUCAGCAGCAUGUUUCCUGUCCUCACCAACAACCACAUAAUCAACAGCAGCAACAUCAACAUCAACAGCAUCAUCACCACCAACAACAACCAUCCCAGCAGCCGCAGCAAGAUCCAAUCAGACCUAUCAAGAAACUACCUGUUCCCGCCCUACUUCCAUCAGAAACCUCAUUGAGAACAGACUCACUAUCCAGCACAGAGCCAGUUCUCUCUGAUGGAUCAGUGGGGUCAGCACCAUCUCUGGGCCUGAGUCCUAGACCCAGCACUGCCAUGGAGAUCAGAAGAAAUGAGCUAAACCAGACUCAAGACAAGCUGAUGAAGCAUCAGCAGAAAACUGGAGAGAUCAUGUGGAAAAAAGAAAUGGACGAUCCACUGAAUCCAGAAGCCUGGAAUCCAGAAGCUACUAUGCAGAAACUCUCCAGUUCAGCUGAUGAGAAGGCCUUCGACUUCAAACCUGGUUUCAUGGCCUCUUUUUUGGACUUCCUGAGGACAGGCAAAAAACAGUUAGGCCUUGAACUGGGACAUGAUGGCAGUGAGCAGGAAGUUCUAAACCCCUGUUCCUCUCUAAAUGGAGGCAUCAGGCCCUUAUCGCCGCUUCCUCCUCCCCUACGACCAACUCCUCCACAGCAGCCUACAGGGACAUUCAGUGAGGGAGGGCAAGGCGAGGGGGCAGAUCUUGCUCUCAGCAGCUGCCCAAGUCCCUGCAAACCUCUGGAUGAGGAGUUAAAAAGGAACCUGGAGACGCUGCCCUCCUUCUCCUCUGAUGAGGAGGACUCGGUCAGUAAGAAUCAGGACCUGCAGAAGAGCAUCUCAUCUGCAAUCUCUGCCCUCUAUGACACCCCACACUCGCUAGCUGCUGCAAUGGCAUCUGCCAUGGUUAAAGCCCCACCCACCUUGUCUCCUACCGCACAGGAGCCACCCCUCAGCCCCCCUGUACCUGUCAUGCCUCCCCUCAUCCCCAGUAUGCAAAAUAGAAAAGAGGAAACACUCACAUACAAUCAGCAUCAACAGGACAAGGAAGAACAUGAAUUGUUCUCCCCACAGUCAAACAGAGAAAAAGCAGAUGAGGGGGUACUUGAGCAAGUAGGAGAAGAGGAGGAGGAGGAGGGAAGAGGAGAAACUGUAGAUAAUGAAGAACUAAUGGGAGAUCCACAGAAUCUACAGCAGGAUACCCUGGAAGAAGAGCAGGAAGAGAAAGAAGAGGAAAGAAUGUCUGAAAUUCAGAUUUUGGAGGUUCUUAAGGUUCAAGAUUCUCCAGCAGGACCUGUGCUUGUCCCUGCACCUCCAUCCCCAUCAACAUCCAUCUCCCCCUCACCACCCACUUACUCUUCACCCUCACCCCUCCCUCCCCUGUGUCUCUCCUUACCCUCGCCACUGCCGACCCAACAGGAAGAGGAAGCGGUGAAUCCAACUUAUCCUCCUUCUGAGCAGCAGCAGCAGCCCACAUUCCAACCGGCUCAAACUGCAGGCACCUCCCCACCCCCCUCCACUUCUCCUCCAGCCAUCCUGUCUUCACCACUCUCCAACUUUCCUCUGGGCCAGUCCAUCCCUCCCCCAUCCACCACACCUCCCCCAUCAUCCUCUGAUCAGGACCAGGAACCUGAAGUUGGACAGCAUUCCCCCUCCUCUUCCUCACCCUCUUCAUCAUCCUCUCCACCACCAUCACCUCCAACCCCGGAAGAGGCCCUAGCAUCCCAACGUCUUACCUCCCUCCACUUGGCAAAGAAACAGGCUAAUGCUGCCAUAGCUGGCGAGAGUGAAGAGGAGGACAGUGAGAGUGGAGGCGAGGGAAUCUUUCGUGAACGGGAUGAGUUUGUGGUUCGGACUGAGGACAUUGGAACUCUUAAGAUGGCUUUGCAGACAGGCCGAGAGCCUCCACCCAUCUGGAGAGUACAGAAAGCCUUGCUCCAGAAAUUCAGUCCAGAGAUCAAAGAUGGUCAAAGGCAGUUCUGUGCAACCAGUAAUUAUCUGGGUUACUUUGGUGAUGCUAAAAUGUGCUACCAGCGCUUGUACGUUAAGUUCUUGGAGAAUGUCAACAAAAAAGAUUAUGUCAGAGUGUGUUCUCGAAAGCCAUGGCACAGAGCUGGUCUAACUCUGAGGCGCCAGUCACUACCUAAACAGCUGCCCACCAUUCACAAUCAAACUCCACCUCGAGUGGAGAGAGAUGACAGAGACAAGGAAAGACAGAAAGAGAGAGAGCUGAAGGAGCAAAGAGAAAAAGAACAAAGAGAAAGGGAGCACAGGGAGAACGUAGAAAAGGAGCAAAAGGAAAGAGAGAGAAGAGACAAAGAGAAAAGAGAGCAAAAAGAAAAGGAGAAACAGGAGAGGGAGCAGAAAGAGAGGGACUUUAAAGAAAUAGAGAAGAUGGAGAGGGGAAAGGACCAAGAGCAAAAAGAGAAGGACUGUAGAGAAAAGGAAAAAGAAGUGGAAUGGGAAAAUACCAGGGAGAGUGAAAGAGUGGAGAAAGAUCAGAAAGAGAGGGAUAGAAGAAACAGGAAGCAAAAAGAGGACAAACGGGACAGGGUGCAGAAAGAAAGGGAAAAACAGGGAAGAGAAAUGAAAGAAAGGGAGAGACAAGACGGGGAGUGGAAAGAAAGGGAAAGACAGGAGAGAGAACAAAAAGAGAAGGAGAGACAGGGGAGAGAGCAGAGAGAGAAAGCACAGAAAGAAAAGGAAAAUGAACAGGUCAGUCAGGAGAGAGAGCAAAAAGAGUGGGAGAAACAAGAGAAGGAUGAGAAGCAGAGAGAGAGGGAGCGGAAGGAGAGGGAUAAAGAGAGGGAACAGAGAGAAAAGGAGGAAAGAGAGGAGAAAGAGAAAAGAGACAGAGAAGUGCGAGAGAGGAGAGAUAGCACAGUGGAGUUGAAGGAGCAUAAGAAAGGAGGAGAGAAGAAGAUGGAGCGCGACCCCAGAGCCAGAACCUCAAAGGACAAUGCAGAGCCUCCUCCCAAGAAAAGGAGGAAGUGGCUGAAGGAGGUGCCAUCUUCCUCCUCUGAGUCAGACUCCUCCCCACCCAGUGAUGAGGAAGGGUCUGUGCAGGGUGGAGUUAAUAGCCGGGCUAUGAGGGAGAUGUUCAGGAGCUACGUGGAGAUGCUGGUCAGCACAGCACUCGACCCUGAUAUGAUCCAGGCAUUGGAGGACACUGAUGAUGAGUUGUACCUUCCACCCAUGAGGAAAAUUGAUAGCCUACUCAGUGAACAGAAGAAGAGGUUGUUGAGGAGAGUCAACAUGAGUGCUCAGCACCAGGAGGCUUUGCAUAUAUUCCCCAAAAUGACAGCAGACCCGCUGGAUUCAGGAGCUGUCAAAGUUCAUCUUGGUGGGGAGGGCUACAAUCGCAAAACCCUCAACUGGGUGAAGAGGAAUAUUCCCAAACAACAGGAUCUGAAGCUCUCAAUUGAGACUUGCCGGAUCUACAGCCUGUAUCAUUCCCUUCACCACUACAAGUAUCACACCUUCCUGCACUGCAAGAGGGAGACAGACAGUAUUGAGCAGGCAGCAGAGGACCCCGGCCAGGAGGAGGUGGUGCAGCAGUGCAUGGCUAACCAGGGCUGGCUGGAGAGCCUCUUUAACUCCUUCAUGGAACUGCUGAGCCUCAGUGCCAAAGCCUGAUGGAUGACCUGAUGGCAGCUCCAAGCUCACACAUCAACCUGCAGUAUUAUGUAUGUAGGUGGAGGCACCCAGAGUUUGUGAAACAAAAGAAGGUGUUGGGUCCAGCAAGAACAGCCACUGUUGGUAUGUUCAUGGGAGCUUUCACUUUUAAAGUACCUAAAGUACCUCUUGUUUUCAAGAAACCUAUUGAAACGAUGUGAAUGUGAUGGAUUUUCCUCAAAAGUCAAAGAAAGGGACCACGAGAUAAUUCAGUGAACACUACAAAAGAGAUUUUUGUCACCUCAUUCUGUGACCUACAGAAUGUCGAGA